AGCUCAGAGUAAUGGCGCCUGUUCGAGACAGGCUCACUAGACUCUCAAAAUGAAGCGACGGAGGUUGUAUUUAUGAUAGCAAAAGGCUUGUAGAAGGGUUUGUGGGUGCGGGAUUGGAGUGAGAGGCAGCAGAGUUGACAGCAGUUGAGAUCUUUCAUCUGUCCAGCGCGAUGAUCAAGCUUAAGUCGAACCAGACGCGCACGUAUGACAGAGACGGAUAUAAAAAGCGCGCGGCCUGCCUGUGCUUCAGGAGCGAGCGCGAGGAGGAGGUGUUGUUGGUGAGCAGCAGCAGUCAUCCUGAUAGAUGGAUUGUUCCUGGAGGUGGGAUGGAGCCAGAGGAAGAGCCCAGUGUCGCUGCUGUCAGGGAGGUGUGCGAAGAGGCAGGAGUAAAAGGCACGUUAGGAAGAUUGGUAGGCAUUUUUGAGAACAGAGAUCGAAAGCACAGAACGUAUGUCUAUGUUCUCAUCGUAACUGAAGUGCUGGAAGACUGGGAAGAUUCAGUAAAUAUCGGUAAGAGUACGAUAGAAAACAUUGGUCGGAAGAGGGAGUGGUUUAAGACAGAAGAUGCUCGGCAUGUGCUGCAGUGUCAUAAACCUGUGCAAGCAUCUUACUUUGAAGCUCUUCAGCAGGACUGUAUGAGCAGUAACGGCACUUAUAACAUCAAUCAAAACUCUCUCUCCAGUAUCAGAUAACUACAACAACAAACACAGAAACAUCAGCAAAAUUCUCAACGUUUUUAUACCUUUUCUUACUGACUGAACUCCUGCAACCACUAUCAGCACUGUGUUUAUUUCAGCACUUAAAUGGCAACAUGUUAGGAUGAAAGAAAAUAGCCUUACCAACCAUUUUAGUGUGCAGAUGGAAAAUAUACACUUGAUGUAUGAGAUAAAAGAUCAGAAGACUGUUUCUUUUUUCACAAAUCAUUGCAUGUUAUUGUCUUCCCUUAAAGUCAAACACAAGGUUUACUGAAUGCAACUACAUUUUACUAUUGUGUCUUGAAAUAAUAAGUGGUGUUUAAAGAGAAAGCUGUCAGAAGUGUUUGUAAUAAUGUUGUGGUAAUGUUUGGCCCUUUCAUUCUGCAGUGUUUUGCUGUUUAUAUGCCCGAGUUGGUUGAAUUUUUGCAUGAGCACGUCUUAUUAAUGAUCUUGAAAUACAGGGGAGUCUUAGGUUUACGUGAUAUAAACUAAAGCUGAUGUUGAUGUUUUCUUGGCAACAGCGAUGGAUGGGGCCAUUCAACUAAUAUUAAUGUUUGUUUAGUGCUGUGCGUGGUGUUAUUGCAUAUCGAUAAUCUUUAUUUUUGAAACCAUGAAACAAAACAAAGGUCUUUAGCUUUUACCAAAAACUGUUCAAAUCUGUUAUGCCAGUCUUACAGUCUUUCUCAAAAUGCAGCUACUAUCUGAUUAGUUUUCAAGAACUCACUUGUUAUUAGUCAUCCAGGUCUUAAUUUAUCAUGGAAAGUGAUGGGUAGUAAAUUAUAGUAAUGUAUUUGGUGUAGUGGGUUUUCUGGGCCUUUAAUACCAAAUGGUGAAAAAGGUAAAGUGGCUUAAUAUCAUGCUGGUCAGUCCAGUUUACUGAGUGCCCUUGUUUUCUUGUGGUACCAGGUUUAUGGUUUUUAAGAGGUAAUGGAGAACUGUUUUGAAAGGAUAUUUUGAAAUGAAAUUAAAAUGGACAACUGUCAUUGGUUUAGUUGUACACAUGAUCUUCUCAGCAGCUGUCUGAGUGUUUGGAGCUAGAACAAUGACUAACGUAUUUGAAUUCUAGACAUUUAACAGAAUUGAAAAUUUUUGUGGCACAUUUUAUAAAAUGUCAAGUAGAAUUCAAAUGAACAAAAUUCAGAUUCAAAUACUUUAGUCAUUUUUUUUUUACCCUGCAAGGUCUUAAGUCAAUAUGCACAGAACAAUAUACACACAAAUGUUAUUUCCAUUUUGAUCAUGUCAGUUGAUCAUCUGUCCACUCAUAGAUUACAAGCAUAGGUUUUGUGUGUGUGUGUUUCUGUGUAUGUGGGUUUGUAUGUUUGGAAGUAAUGUGAAUAGUCAAAAGACAUGAUGCCAAGGUUAGCUGCCUAAUAAAUGGCCUCUCACAUAAGAGGCUGUAAUUCAUUUAAAA